CCCUGGAGCUGCUCUGGCUCAUGUUUCUGUACAGCAAUAUAGGAAUGUCACAACCCACCCCAGCACCAUAUAUGGACUUUAACUCACUUGCAAUAGAAAACUCAAUUUCCCAGCGCUGAUCAGCGUUGUUUCGACUGGAUUACUGCAUGCAUUAAACCUUCCAGCUUGAGUAUAUGCUGUAUAAGAGACCAACUGUAACGCUGCCGCAGCCCCGGAUCACGCGUUUUACUGGAUUUAUUUAUUUCAACAGGGAAAUCUUUUGUCAGUGACUCCCACAGAUACAAGGGGGCCCCUCAGGAAUGGCAUCUACUGAUCUGAGAGAGGAGCUGAACUGCUCCAUCUGCCUGAGUAUUUAUACACAUCCCAUAACCCUGCCGUGUGGCCAUAACUUCUGCCAGAGCUGCAUUGAGAAGGUGCUGGACACACAAAGAAGAUCACGAGGUUAUACCUGCCCCGACUGCAGAGCAAAGUUUCACAAGCGCCCUGCCCUGCAGAGGAACAGAACUCUGGGUAACAUAGCAGAGCGGUUCCUUCCUUGUCACCAAGAAAUGGGGGAGACUGGGAUCUUCUGCACCUACUGUGUCCUCUCUCCUGUACCUGCUGCUAAAUCCUGUCUCUUGUGUGAGGCUUCCCUGUGUGAUACCCACUUAAAGGUUCACAACAAUUCCGCAGAACAUGUACUGACUGAACCCACCACUUCGUUUUUGGAGAAAAAGUGUUCUGUGCACAGACGGAUCCUGGAGUAUUACUGCUGUAAGGAUGGGGCCCCUAUCUGUGCGUCCUGCUGCCUGGCCGGAGAACACAGGGGCCACAAGGUGGAACUGCUGGAUGAGGCCUUCGAGAAGAAAAAAGAGAAACUGAGGAAUGUUCUGGAGAAACUGAGCCCAGACAGAGAGAAGGUAAAGAGAGAAGCCCAGAGGCUACAUGAGCGCAGAAAAGAGAUACAGGAAAAAGCAGCCGGUGAGACAAAGAGAGUCACUGACCUGUUUAGGGGCAUCAGGGAACAGCUGGAAGCCCUGGAGAAGCAAGUCCUGGAUGAGAUCUCCAGGCAGAAAAGGAAGAUAUACCUCCAACUGUGUGACCUACUCCAACAGAUAGAAACAAAUAAGAACGAGCUGACCAGUAAGAUCCGUCACAUUGACGUACUGUGUAACUUAGCAGAUCCACUCACUGUCCUACAGGAUCAGGAAUCACAUGGAGCUGACUGUUGUGGGGCUGAGGAGGGAGAGAAGAAGCGCAGAAAAACAGAUCAUAUAAAUGUCCCUGAUGUCUGCGAUUUGGACAAGUUACUGAUCUCAGAGACAUUACUCAAAGGUUUAGCUGGGAUUGUGACCAGGGCCUCCUAUGGGCAGGAGGCUACGGACAUGUUACUGGAUAUAAACACAGCGGCCAAUGAUCUGUCUGUGUCCCACGACAGGAAAAUGGCUUCUGGCACAGAAAGGGAUCAGGGUCGCCCACAAGCACCAGAGAGAUUUGAGUUUAGGCAAGUGUUAAGCACCAAAAGUUUCCCCUCGGGACGACAUUACUGGGAUAUGGAAGUCAGUGAAUCGGGACUUUGGGGGGUAGGGGUGGCCUAUCCCAGUAUGGAGAGGGCAGGGGCUCAAUAUUAUAUUGGAAAUAAUAACAAGUCCUGGGCUUUAUAUUUAUCUCAUGGUGAUUAUUCAGUUAAACAUGAUAAUGUAGAUACCCCAUUACCCCACAAGUGUUCCUGCAGGAAAAUCAGAAUCUCUUUGGACUAUAAGGCUGGAUCUUUGUCCUUUUAUGAGCUGAGUGAUCCAAUCAGACACUUACACACCUUCACUGCCUCCUUCACUGAACCCCUCCAUGCUGCUUUCUAUGUAUGGUGGGAUUAUGAUUGGGUGAGAAUCAUUAUCUGAUCACUGCUCAGUAGAGGGUAUAACUAGUUAUACAAGAAUUUUAUAUACACGUCAUAGCUCUGGCACCAGCCACUUGUCUCUGUAACAUAGAAAAGGCCAUAAUAAAGUGUGAGAACCAGAUAUCAGAUAACUGAAAACCAUGCAUAGAUGUUGGGAAGGUUGGAGAACAUCUUUCACCUUCUUCUUGAAGGCAUGAGCAUGCCCUUUCACCUUAAUCUCUCAGCUAGAAACACAAAAUAUAGAGUUACGGAACAGUUACUAGUUUUUGGGGUGGGGGAGCCUUACAUUUUGCAAUUAAAUCAUGCCUUACCCACUUCCAUGUACCAGUGGGUGCAACAUUCAAGUUAAAGGAAAACUAUACUCCCGAACAAUGUAGGUCUCUAUAAAAAGAUAUUGCAUAAAACAGCUCAUGUGUA